CCCAUUAAGCCUUUUGAUUUCAUGAUGUAUUGUGUCAUAAACUUGUCUAUUGUGCAGUUAUGUCCUAAACAACCCUCUGAAGUCACUCUGAGGAUACAAGAUGUAUGGCAAUGCUGUUUGGUGAUUGUUCCCUACCCAGAAUGUUCCAUCUGAAGUGAAACAUCUUGCUGUAGUUGAGACAAGCCUUGCGGCUGCUGCUGUGUUUCAAAGGUGAUGGGAUGGUGGGCUCUCACCACCCUGUUCUUCAGGGCCUCCUCUCGGCCCAGGAUCCAGGCUGCUGAAGCUGGCCAUGGUGAGGCUGGAGUUCACAGAUAACACACUCCAGCAUGACUUCCUGAGGUCAGGCCAGCUUACAGCACUCUCCGUUUGUGGAACAGAUAUGGAAGAGCAGAACCAGCCAAAGAAGUGAUGAUCCUUGAUCUCAUGAUAAAUCUGGAUGUUAGUUCUCAUGCCUCAAGACAUCCUAUUGGGAACACGACAUCGUCUCCUGGGACCAGACUUUCAUCCACUUAAUACCUACCACUCUUUGCCUGAACUAUUAAAGCCAGUUAACCUCGAAUGGCUACCCAAAGGAAACACUUGGUGAAAGAUUUCAAUCCUUACAUUACCUGCUAUAUCUGCAAAGGGUAUCUUAUCAAGCCAACCACAGUGACAGAAUGCCUCCACACCUUCUGUAAGACUUGCAUUGUCCAGCACUUUGAAGAUAGCAAUGAUUGUCCAAGGUGUGGCAACCAAGUUCAUGAAACAAAUCCAUUAGAAAUGUUGAGGUUGGAUAAUACCUUGGAGGAAAUUAUAUUUAAACUAGUACCUGGACUACGAGAACAAGAACUUGAGCGUGAAUCUGAGUUUUGGAAGAAAAAUAAACCUCAAGAAAAUGGACAAGAUGAUACUUCAAAACUCGACAAACCAAAAGCAGAUGAGGAAGGUGAUGAAAAUCAGGAUGAUAAAGACUACCAUAGAAGUGACCCACAGAUUGCUAUCUGUCUAGAUUGUUUACGAAAUAAUGGACAAUCAGGGGACAAUGUAGUAAAGGGUCUAAUGAAGAAAUUUAUUCGAUGUUCUACACGUGUAACUGUGGGAACUAUUAAAAAAUUUCUAAGUUUAAAACUAAAACUUCCAAGUUCUUAUGAGUUGGAUGUGCUGUGCAAUGGUGAAAUUAUGGGAAAGGAUCAUACUAUGGAAUUCAUCUAUAUGACAAGAUGGCGACUGAGAGGAGAAAACUUUCGGUGUCUGAACUGCUCAGCUUCGCAAGUCUGCUCUCAGGAUGGCCCUUUGUAUCAGUCAUACCCUAUGGUAUUGCAGUAUCGACCAAGAAUUGAUUUCGGUUAGACCAAGGAGCCUAGAUUUGACUGAAAUGAAUCCUGCACUAUUUGUUUACUCGUCGACAGAUUGCACAGUGAAAAAACGGUGUGUGGACUGGAGGGACACAAUCAGAUUUUUGGCAUGCAAAUAAGGCCAUUGUCUAUCUCUGUAAGUUGUCAGUUGCAUUCAUGUUUCUAUUAAAUGCAAACCAAGUGCCAUUCUGCUACUGAACCAUCUGUGUAAGGUAUUUGUGUUGUCUCACAGUGUGCCAGUCAUGACUGAAAUCAGACAGAUGUGCAGCCAUGAUUCAGCCUUCUGAAUAUUUUGCUUUGCCCGUUCCAAGAUUGUUCUAAUGUUUAAUUACACUAGUAAAAUGGCUCAGUCUUUGUGGUGUUGCAAUUUUCACAUACUUAACUAUUUUAUUAAUUCUUGUUUAAAGAGAGUACUGUACAGGAACCUACUAAUUAUACCUGGAAAUUAUUUUGUAUGGGAAUACAUUAAGAAAAGUGGUUUCUAAGCCACUACCCUAUUCUUGGAAGCUUUUCAUGUAAAAAAGUAGUUUAUUCUUGAGUGUACAAGUCCUUUUGUGAAGAAUCCCAAUUAUUCCUGAGAUCACAUCAUUAUUGUACACAUUCUAAGCUUCUCUGUGUGUAGUCUACCAAUUGCACAAGGAAGGCCUGUUAGCCCUCCAGGUAGAAAAUGGGGUGUGACUUCUUAUACACUUGAAGAUAGAUUCACAACCAUUUGAAUUGUUGGCAGCUGAUUACAUUUUAGGUAAGGUUAAUCUUUCAUAAUGCCUUAUGACAAGUGGGUGCGUCGCCAUGCACCUCACUGUAAGCCUGUUUUAUAGGUGUGUCGUUACACUGUUGCUGUCGUUUAAUGAAUACCUUGUUUUUAAGUUGGCCUUAGAUGUGUGUCCUUGUGGCAUCCAGAAGGUGAUAUAUGAGGGUUUUCAAAUAUUAGGAUUUUUAGAGCAGAUAACAUUAGCUAUUUUGUGGAUUUCAAAAGUCUCAACGCAGUUGUAGAUUAAACUUGUUACCUAUCACAUUUCCAAACCAGAUGCAUAAAAUAGAAUAAUUUGCAGCAUAGUAGAUGAAUAUGCUAGCCAAAAUUAAUGGUUUUGUGGUACUUUAUUUUAGAUACUGUAGUAAUCAGGGGAAAGUGGGAUUGUUGUUUUAUAUAUGGCUUCAUUAAAUGUCAGAGCUAUGAUAAUGUCCUUGAUUUUGCUAAGUCUUUCAUUCAUUUUGAAAUUAGUCUGCAAGCCAAAGUAUGGUUAUUUUCAAUUACAUGAAAAACUUCAUUAUAAACCUCUUAAAAUGUGUAGUUGUUUUCAAAGACCUCUUUGAAAAUUGCUCUAUCAAUUUUUUGAAACAAGUUAACCUCUGAAACUUAGAAAAGAGUCUUGGAAAUGAGAAAUGAAAACUAUUUGCUUUAGAAAUCUGACAUGAGCGCAGUGACACUGCAUACAUGGCUUUAGGCUAUGUUCUAGAAUAAAAUGUAUCACAGAGUAAUGCCUUCUGAUAUCAAGAUGCUUCAUAGAAAUAAAACAUUGUAAAACAUA